GCAAAACAUUUGGAUUCAGCUUCGUAACGUCAGUGCAGUGUGAUCAGUAGUCGAGAUUGACUGCUCCCACUGCGGUCUGAGGCUCGGCGUUGUGUUUUUAUACACGCGCGCUAUUUGUUUAAGUUUAGCGAGAUGUCAACUAAUAUAAUGUGCGAUAAAUAUCAGAACGAUACGAAACUGAACGGUCUCACAAUUAGUGCAUUCAAUGAUAAGAAUUUAGCUCCUAUAAACGCAAGGUACAGAUCGAAGAGUUUGUCCAGUGAUAAAUUGAAUAAUAGUAACGCGGAUCGUGCCGCUAUUUUAGAAGAUGCCGAGGACCAUCACGUAACAGAAAAAAUGGAGACGCCCAGUUGUUUAGUACAGAACAGAAUUAUGGACCAGGGUGUACAGUCGGCGAACGGUUUCAAAGAAGGCAAGGCGUCAUACGGCACGGAUAGUCCUGCGAAGGGGCGGCGGGUCAUAUUCUGCGUUCACGGCAACCCAUCCACCGGUUGCUGCGCCGUGAUAGAGACCACAGCUGACGGGGACGACCCCGAGAGACGGAAUGGCAGCAUCACUGAGAUCGAAAGGCACUGUCAUAGAUCAAGAAACGAAGAGAUAGACAAGCGAGCUAGAAGAAAACUCAUCAUAGCCAGUAUUUUAUGUGUCAUAUUUAUGAUUGGUGAAAUUGUAGGUGGUUAUUUAUCAAACAGUUUGGCGAUCGCAACGGACGCGGCGCAUUUACUUACAGACUUUGCUAGUUUUAUGAUAUCCUUAUUUUCACUAUGGGUUGCAAGCAGGCCAGCAACACGAAGAAUGCCUUUCGGCUGGUACAGAGCUGAAGUGAUAGGCGCCCUGACAUCUGUACUGCUCAUAUGGGUGGUAACCGGUAUCCUGGUCUACAUGGCCGUGCAGCGAGUCAUAUACAAGUCAUUUGAGAUCGAUGCCACUGUCAUGCUGAUCACGUCCGCUGUUGGAGUCGCCGUGAACCUUGUCAUGGGGUUGACGUUGCACCAGCACGGGCACAGUCAUGGUGGUGGUGGACAUGGCCACUCUCACUCCAGUGCCAACCCGGUCCUUAAUAACAAGGAGCGUUCAGAGUCGGACGUGGAGAGUACAACGUCUCACCAGCAUAACCACGAUCACCAACCGCAGACCCAGAAUAUUAAUGUCCGCGCCGCCUUCAUCCACGUGCUUGGUGACUUCUUGCAAAGCUUCGGCGUGCUUGUCGCUGCCAUCGUCAUAUACUACAAGCCGGAUUGGAAUUUAGUGGAUCCGAUCUGCACGUUCCUCUUCUCAAUCCUCGUACUUAUCACCACCUUCAACAUCAUCAAGGACACGCUCCUGGUGCUAAUGGAGGGAUCGCCUAGAGGAGUGGACUUCCAGGAUGUGGCGAACACGUUCCUGUCGCUGCCGGGCGUGCUGCGCGUGCACAACUUGCGCAUGUGGGCGCUCUCGCUGGACAAGACCGCGCUCGCCGCGCAUCUAGCCAUACGUACCGGCGUCAGUCCACAGAAGGUUCUAGAACAAGCCACAAAGCUAGUCCACGAGAAGUACAACUUUUUCGAAAUGACACUUCAGAUUGAAGAGUUUAACGACGGUAUGGAAGCGUGCAGCCAGUGUAAGAUGCCGCAGUCUUGAACGGGGAGUAUUUAUUAGAAGGCUGAUUAUGAAGAAGUUAGAAUGAGUAAGUUAACUGAGCGGCUGUAAACUUAGCGGCACCACGGAUUAAGUUUAAUUUUAAAUAAUAAAGCAUGUUUCCGAUAAUGUUGG